AUGAAGACAACUACGUCGACUCUACUCGGUAGAGUUCUGGUGCUCUCUCUGAGCCUGUCGCCAAGCUAUGCCGCCGAAGCAGCAGCAAGCGCAACCAAAACGCUCUCAUUUCCCAAUAGCCAGCCCACCAAUGCUGUGGUAGCGCCGCCUGGUUUUGUCAGCGUCGGCUUCGAGACAGCCUUCGCAGAUGAGUACGCCAACGCCUUCUCCGAGAACCUCGUCACCUCGCUCGCAGACCGCAUGUCGGUACCCCCGGUCAUCAGAAUCGGUGGUACAAGUGGUGACAGAGUCCAAUUCGAUCCCAAUCUCAAGAAUGCCAAUAAGGUGUGCACUAAAGGCGAAUGUCCAAAUGGAUCGAACGCAUAUUUCACUUUAGGCCCGGGCUACUUCGAGGGCUUCAAGACUUUCCCGAACGCGAAGUUCACAAUCCAAGCCCCGCUCGGCGACGGAACUUAUAACGAGACGCAACUCCUCGCGUACGUGCAGCGGGCCUGGAAUGCCGCUGGUGCGGACAGGAUCGACGCGAUAGCACUAGGCAACGAACCGAGCGUAUACUGGAAGACAGCGAAGGCGUACUACGACGGCGCGAAGAAAGUCCAGGCAACUCUGACAAAGGCUUUGGGUUUGAAAGCAGAUCAGCGGAUCUUCGAGAUUGCCGACACGCUCGACGGCGCUGCGAAGUCACAUAAACCAUACGCCGUACAAGAGUUACUCGCAGCCGGUUUCGACUCGGAUAAGACGGUGAAGUAUGCGGCGGAGCAUUGGUACCAAGGCACUGCGACUACUUUCAAUAUCGACACGUUACAAGCUGAACUCAUGAACCACAAAGCCAUUAAGGAUAGAUUCGGGGCAGGCUACAUGAAAUCUAUAAACGCUGUGCUACCCGACAAUGGCGUCUCAUACAUUCUCAGCGAGACUGGCAGCACAAUUAAACCAGGCGCAGCAACGAAUUACAGGUCCGGCUUCGGCGCAACCCUAUGGUCGGUAGACUUCCAACUUGCGGCUAUGACCCGAGGAAUCAAACGCGUAGUCGACUCUGGCCGUCCAACUGCUACUCAUGCUUCCUGGAGCCCCAACAAUAAAGGCGAAGACGGUAGGCCUGUAGUACGUCCGCCUUACGUGGCUAAUCUGUUCGUGGCGGACUUCAUAGGCAAAGAUAAGCCACGUAACAUACUCUCACUCUUGCCGAAUCAAGAAUUUAUAAGCUCAUACUUGAUGUACGACCGCGCGUCGAAGAGACCGGACAGAGUUGCGUUGCUGAAUCUCAAGGCCUGGGAUAAGGGCUCGAACAAGGACCGGGGUAGCCAAGCCUUCGUUAUUCCCGUGGCUGCAGGCACUGACUCAGUCCGCGUAAGGAGGCUUCAUUCAGAUUUCGGGGUUUGGGCUACCGGCUUUGAUAUUGGUGGCGCAAAAGAGAACGUAACAUGGGCUGGCGAGCAGUGGACGUAUAAGAUCGACAAAGGAAAGGGGCAUUUCGUAGGCGGGAAAUUGCAGGAGCAGACUAUCAAGGUGCAGGACGGAAAAGCAACGAUCAACGUCCCGGAUACCGAAGCAGCCAUUGUGUACCUGUAA